AUUGAACAAUAAUAACAAAAAACUUGGAUUAAAUCUUAAACCCAGCUUAUAACAAUGGCGAAGACACUGCUGAAAUAUGAUGCCCACAGUGAUAGCUGGGUUCUGAAUACCCUAAAAGACACCAAAUCAAAUCCAGUUUCCUCUACUCUCCAACACUCAAACUCAAAGCCACGGUUGAAUUCAAGUCCAAGUUUAAAGAUUCCUUCUGAACCAUCCAUCUCCACAUUAGCAAUGGUGCCAUCAACAAAACAACCAUCCAGCAGCAAGAUUUGGAAGUUUUUAACCCGUUACUUUACCUGUUUGAGUCCUAUAAAUUCACAAAACAGCAAGGAAAUCUAUUAUGGGAAUUCAAGGAGCAAAAGCGUGCACUCAGUUAGAUCCUCGCCACAAUUUUAUUCUGGAGUGAAUGCUGAAGAUGAUGAGAAGAUUAAAGCUGUCAUUCACUACUGCAAAAAUAACUCAAGGCGCAUGGUGACGAAGGAUUGAUGGAUUGCCUUAAUAUUGCAGAAAGAGAUCCUCUCACUUUCUCUAUAUAUAAAUAAUUGGCAUCGUUCAGCCUCAUGUCAAGAUUCCAUUUUUUAGGUUUAAUCUAGGGAUUUAUUAAAAAUUUCUUCGAUUAGAUGCUGAAUUACUCUGUUGUCUGCGAUGGAUUUUGCUUGUUUAUAUUGUUAUGUUCUUUGAUGUUUAGGUUUAUUUCUCA